UAUAGACUUCCGCUAAUUCUCCAACGAAGGCGGUGAUAAACAAUUGGGCCAUAGAUUCUAGAGUCUAGAUUAGAGAAACGAUUUUUUGUUAUACUAAGGUUGAUUUUCAAAUAGCAUAACAAAUCUAGAUCUACGCGACAUUUUAAAGGAGAUCGGCAUUAAAGAUGAGCAUGUUUGGUGCACCUAGUUCUAGUGCAGGUACUGGUUUCUCCUUUGGUGCAGCAUCUGGUACCAGCGCAGCCCCAAGCAGCGGUGGAUUUUCUGGCUUUUCUUUCGGAACCACAACUAGUGGGGCAACCCCUUCUACCACUUCAGGGGGAUUUGGAGGAUUCAGUUUUGCAGGUGCCCCGGCUUCGUCAUCCGCAGCAUCUACAGGAUUUAGUUUUGGAGCUACAACAAAGCCUGUCAAUGGCACAAGCACUGGAUUCGGUGGGUUUAGCUUGGGGUCCCAACAGCCGACAUCUCAAGCAUCAUCCACCUCUGGCGGCUUUAGCUUUGGGCAGCCUGCGACAACUUCUGAGGCAGCAGCUAGCACUUCUACUGGCAGCAUAGCGACUGGUGCUGCCUCUGGGUUUGCAUUCAAGACAGCCACAUCCGCCGCAGCACCUCCACCAGCAUAUUCUGCAGCCGGUGGAACCAGCGGCUCUCUGUUAGGUGGAUUGCUGACUGCCCCUGCCUCCACAGCUACAAGCACGCUGACCACAACUUCCUCUCUCACACCUUCCACAGCAUUUAGUUUUGGGGCCACAGGAACUACACCUACCACAACAUCGGCUACUACGACCACUUCAACUACAGGCUUCAAUUUCGGCUUUGGCUCAACUCCUCAGAGCAGUGCAGCUUCAACUUUAGGAGGUCUUGGGGGGUUUGGUGCUACGUCUACCAGUGCAACCACUGUGACUUCAACAUUACAGACGUCCACUAGCCUGGCAACAACUAGCUUACCACCUGCCCAGAAACCCAUGACCUUCAGGCAGCUGGAGGACACGAUUAAUAAAUGGACUGGCGAACUGGAGGAGCAGGAAAAGUAUUUCCUGGAACAAGCCACGCAGGUGAAUGCCUGGGACCGGGUUGUCAUGGAGAACGGGGAAAAGAUUGUACAGCUCAACCAAGAUGUGGAAAAGGUCAAAUUGGACCAACAAAAGUUGGACCAUGAACUGGACUUUGUCCAGUCUCAACAGAAGGAGCUGGAGGACAUCUUAGUGCCUCUGGAGAAGGCCCUGGACAGUCUGCCACCAAUCAGUUAUCAGCAACAUGCAGACAUUGAGAGGGAACACACGUACAACCUGGCAGAAAGUCUUGAUGCCCAACUGAAACGAAUGGGCCAGGAUUUGAAGGAGAUAAUAGAACGUCUCAAUGCCAAUAACUCCAAACCUGAAGCAGAUGAUCCAGUCCAUCAGAUCACAAAGAUAUUAAAUGCACACUUCAUGUCUCUGAUGUGGGUGGAUAGAAAUACAGCCAAUCUUCAGAAGCGCGUGGAAGAAAUCUCGAAGCAGAUGGACAUCGAAAGAAGGGAACAAGAAAAGUAUUUCCGCUUGGCUUACAGCUGAAGCCUUGAGAUGGUUCCACUCGAUGUUAGAAACAUGUUCCUUCACACCAUACAAACAGUCGAAGUUGUUUCGACACACUGGGCACUGUGUCAUCACAUGCAUAGAGUAUUCUGACAACUGACCAAGAAUUUUGUACCAUGAUUUUUGUUCGCUUACUUUUUUUUUGAUAUCUAAACAUUGGGUAAAUAAAAUGUAAAAAUGCCUGGACCUUAUCAACAUCAAAA